GUUACUGUGGGGGUUGAGUGGGACAGGAUGUGAAGCAAGUAGCGCAGCGCCUGGCACCCAGGGCCUGCUCAGUAAGUGGAGGCCACCCCAUCCUUGUCACACAGACCUAUCAGGAAGAGCUGGGCUCAUUCACCCCACUAACUCUCUCUCUCUGUGACCCCGGGUAAGUCACGUUCCCUCUCUAGGUUCUGAUUCCUCCUUUGAAUAAGGAGAGAAUUGGACAGCAGAGCCCAGAGGUCCUUCCUGGGCUGCUCUUCCAAGUCACAAGGAUUUUGUAUCAUUUCCAAAUACCCAUGUCAGAAGACAGGGCCGUCCUCAAGGUCACCAGCGACCUGAAAGCUGCCGUCUCUGCCAUCCUCCAGGGCUAUGGGGACAGACAGGGGCCAGUGACCGACGCCAGUGCUGAGCUGCACAGACUCUGCGGCUGCCUGGAACUGCUGCUGCAGUUUGACCAGAAAGAGCAGAAGAGUUUCCUGGGGCCUCGGAAGGAUUACUGGGACUUCCUCUGCACUGCCUUGCGGCGGCAACGUGGGGACACAGAGGCAGCCCGCUUCGUCUGCUCACAGGACAAGUUGAAGACCCCUCUGGGAAAAGGCCGUGCCUUCAUCCGCUUCUGCCUGGUCCACGGACAGCUGGCCGAGGCCUUGCAGCUCUGUCUCCUGAACCCAGAGCUCACCAGGGAAUGGUAUGGCCCCCGGAGCCCUCUGCUGUGCCCAGAACUGCAGGAAGAUAUCCUGGACUCUCUCUAUGCUCUCAAUGGCAUGACCUUUGACUUGGACCUGCAGCGGCCAGAUCUGGAUGGGGCCUGGCCCAUGUUCUCAGAAUCAUGCUGUUCCAAUUCCAGCCAGACCCAGAGAAGAAAACCCAGAAGAACCAAAGAUGCCCUAAAGGAGAUCCCAGCUGCAUAUGAAGGUCCCACAGGAGUCCAGCUGGACGAGCCACACACCAGUCAAGCUGGCUGUCUGCAAGAUGCACCCAGGGGACACCACUUGGUGAGACAAGCUGGGUCCCAGCAACAAAGGCAUCUUCCCCACAUUUUGGAAAAGAAGACAGAAGAUUCCAGGAGCCUUGGACCCUCCCAGAACAUGUGGGAACCAUUGGGGGAGGAACUUCAGCUGGACCGGGAGGAGGGAGCCCCAUGGAUUGAAAUGUUCCUGGAGAAUUCUACACCCAGCAUCCAGGGACGGGGGCAGGGAGCCAAGGGGGCUCAGAGGGAGGUGAGAGGGAUGGAGGCUGAGGACAGAGGGCUUCUGACAGAUGCAGAGGGUCAGGGAACCACAGAGGGGACUCACGAAGGGGAAGCAGAGUGGGGUCAUGUCCAGAGGCUGCUGGCCCCCAGCCCCAGGGGGACAACAGAGGAAGCAACGCCAGGGAGCAGGCAGGAGUGGGAGAGGCCAAGCACUCUGGGGGAGUCCUGGGUCCUCCAGGGCCUGGGAACAAAGGAAGGCUCCGCCACAGAGAAGCCACAGGAGCACACAGAAGUGACCAGUGUGGCCAGGAGGGAGGAGCAAGCUGAGGUGCCCCUGCAGGACGUGGUCAAGAGCCUCAAGCAUGAGCUGUGGAAGGCCAAGGAGCUGGCCCAGCGCCAGGAGCAGCUGCUGAGGGGACUUCAGGAGCAGCUCCACAGGUGUCAGGAGGAGAGAGCCCAGCUGCAGGCACAGCUGGAGCAGAAGCAGCAGGAGGCUGAGAGGAGGGACGCCAUGUACCAGGAGGAGCUUGGAGGGCAGCGGGACCUGGUCCAGGCCAUGAAGAGACGGGUGUUGGAACUGAUUCAGGAGAAGGACCACCAGUGGCAGAGGCUCCAGCAUCUCUCCUCCAUGGCCACUGGGUGCUGUGUCGGCUGUGGCAAGAUCUUUGGCCGACUGUCUCGGCGGUAUCCAUGCAGGCUCUGCGGAGACCUGCUCUGCCACGCCUGCUCCGCGGAUUACAAGAAGAGAGAGUGCUGCUGCCCGCCCUGCGCACAGGGAGUGGCCGCCCAGGUCACCUGACCACACCAGCCCAGGACUAGCCACCCACCCACCCCACCCUAUCCACUCCUGUCCUCGGCUCUCCCCAGCCCUCUAUUCUGUCCAGUCCGACCUUCUAGAAGCUGGUGAUCCAAAGCAACAGCCCUUGUGCAGGCAGAGUGCAGCAUGGGGAGAGGGAAGAGCCAGACUGGCAGGCAGGAGACAGGUCCCAGCCCUGCUUCUAUCCUGAUGAGCCGGGUGACCUGGCACAGCCCUCGGCUCUCGAGGCUUUUUCUCUAUCUUGAGAAAGUCGCCUCCAUCCUCUCUAAAGUCCCUCUGAGGGACUUUGAGCACAGCAAACACAUGCUGUGAGCAAGACUCCUGCAGCCCCAACCUCUCUCCUCUGUACUAUCCUCACUCAGCUGUGAUUCCCACCCUUCCCGAUACAUGAGGAGCAAAGCCUGCAGGGUCUUGGGUUCAUCAGUAGCUUCCUGUCUGGAAUCUGCUUUAGAGAUCUGUAUUUAUUUUGCU